AUGACAACAGGUUGCUGUGUAUAUUGGAAGUCAAGGAAUCUUUUAUUGGUAGUGGUGCUAGUAGUAACAGUAAUUAUUAAUAUUUUAUUUAUUUUGGAUACUGGAAGAAAGCUUAGAGAGCAAAAGGAUUAUGAAGAGGAUGUGGGUAGAGAUCUUAACUCAUUGAGUAAAGAAGGGGAAUCAGAUUUAUUAAAUAAUUUACCACGAAGUCUGGAAAUAGAAGUCAUAUCAAGUGCAAGUCAUGUGUCUGUGUCUGUGGAUGGCACAAAGAUUCUUCAAGAUGAAUUAAAAGAUAAGGGAAGGGGAAUCCAUAUACUUGUAUUACAUCAGGGUUCAGGUAGUAUAAUGGCACAGAGGGUAUUUGAUACAUAUUCAGCACAUGAAGAUGAAGCUAUGGUGUUAUUUCUCAACAUGGUUUCUGAUGGAAGAAUACUUAUAUUUACAAUUAAGGAUGAAGGUACCUUUCAAAUGAAAAAGCCAGCGCGUAGUUUACUAAAAGUUCUUGGGAGUACCAAAGCUGAUAUGCUGGGAUGGAGAGACACAUGGGCGAUGGUCACACAAAAACAAGGUAAAUUUUAUGCUGAAGAGCACAACAAAGCACCUGAUCUCGCCAGUUGGGGGUCACCAAUUAUACUUAAAACAGUGGUUCAUUUAACGACAAUAGAAGAGACUGAAUGUAACUGGCCGGAUACCGAUGUAAAUCGAAGGCGUCAGGCAUUCUGUAGUCGAGUAGAAGGAUACGGCAGCCUUUGUAGUUGUACAGACCCAGCACCAAUUGACAUGAGUCCAGAAUAUCUUAAAGACAAUAAAGUAUAUGAUGUACCAGUGACAAUUAUUGCGAGCAAUCGACCCAAUUAUUUGUAUAGAAUGUUGAGAUCAUUGUUGUCUGCACAAGGAGUGAAUCCCUCCAUGAUUACAGUAUUUAUUGAUGGUUAUUUCGAAGAACCAAUGGAAGUAGUAAAAUUGUUUGGUUUACGUGGAAUUCAGCAUACACCAAUGGGUGUGAAAAAUGCCAGAAUAUCACAGCAUUACAAAGCUAGCCUUACUGCAAUAUUUAAUUUGUAUCCUGAUGCCAAAUAUACAAUUAUUUUAGAGGAAGACUUGGAUGUAUCGGAAGAUUUUUUCAGUUAUUUUAGUCAAACAGUUCACCUUCUUGAAGAAGACGACAGUAUAUAUUGUAUUUCAGCAUGGAAUGAUCAGGGUUAUGAGCAUACGUGUGAGGAUCCAGCGUUGCUAUACAGAGUAGAAACCAUGCCAGGACUAGGAUGGAUCUUGAAACGAAAACUGUACAAAGAAGAAUUAGAACCAAAAUGGCCGACUCCAGAAAAGUUGUGGGACUGGGACAUGUGGAUGAGAUUACCAGAUAUCCGGAAGAAUAGAGAAUGUGUGGUUCCAGAUAUUUCAAGAACUUAUCAUUUUGGUUCAACAGGAAUAAACAUGAAUUCAUACUUUCAGGAUUUAUAUUUUAAGAAACAUCCUCUCAACACAGUUCCACAUGUCAAACUUAAAAACUUAAAGGCACUGAAGAAAGAUGCAUAUGAAACUGAGAUGAAUGCGUUAAUCAGCAAAGCAACAGUACUAGAUCACACUAAAUCACCAUGCAAGGAAGAUUUUGUCCCCGACACUACAGGGGAGACUUAUGUCAUGUACAUAAAAAUGUCACAUGAACAAGAUUAUGAAACUUGGACAGAGUUAGCCAAGUGUUUUCACAUUUGGGAUCUGGAUGUGCGUGGAUACCACAAAGCUACAUGGAGAAUGUUUAUGAAGAAGAAUCAUUUGUUUAUCAUUGGUGAUCCUGCUUCACAGUACUCGAAAUAUAAACCAUCGUUUGUAACUCCAAUAUAUCUACAGAAAAAAGAAGAAAAAAAAGAUAGGUGA